CACGGUCAGGGCGCCGCGAGCGCGGACACCCUGCGUGCGGGGCUCUCAGCGGGACGGGGUGGUCCCCCGCCCGGCGCCAUGUCCCGGAACCUGCGCACCGCGCUCAUCUUCGGCGGCUUCAUCUCCCUGAUCGGCGCCGCCUUCUACCCUAUCUACUUCCGGCCCCUAAUGCGGCUGGAGGAGUACCAGAAAGAGCAAGCCAUAAAUCGAGCCGGUAUCGUUCAAGAAGAUGUACAGCCACCAGGGUUAAGAGUGUGGUCUGAUCCAUUUGGCAGGAAAUGAGAAGGCUAUCAGCACCUCAAUUAUGAAAGACAUCUUCUUGCUUUCGAUUCUGCAGCAAGUACAAUAAAUGGCCUCGCUACAGAACGAUGGCUGGAGAAGAAAAGUCUGUAAGGCUGAAAAUAAGAGCGCUGUGCACAAGGAUUAAUAUUUCCCUUCUUAGGUAUCAAAAGAACCCUGGAGCAAAUCACACCAUUAGGGAGGUUUUCAUGAUUCGCUUUACUUUCUAAAAAUGAAGCUGUCUCACCCAGCUGUGUUUGGAGGAGUUCUACUUAUUAUUCAGUCUCUGCUGCUCUCCCAGCCGAGCUGUGAUGUGAAUGCAAGCAGCCAGUAGACUCGGGAAGGUCCUAGUCUGUGUUGCCAUUUCCCAAAUAGGAAAUUUCAGUGGAACGCCACCGUGCUGAGCAGCCCCACGGGGCUCUUUGAAAAUGGGCAGGUUGAUAAAACUCUUUGAGGACAAGGUGCACUGUACUCCUGAAGAAUAACCAGUUCAGCUUAACCGUCUUGUCGGAGGCUGCCGCGUGUUGGGGUAGAAAUCCGUGUUGCAUUAACAGAAGUGAGAAUGUGUGUAUUAAAAUGGAUCUGUUCUUAAUUCACAA